AUGAGCUCGUUCGGUAGUCCCGGCUCAUCGCCAUACUCUGGAAAGCCCACCCCACCACAACGAGGCAGCUUCCCUCUAGACCAUGAUGGGGAAUGUAAACAUGUCAUGACCUCGUAUCUCAACUGCAUCAAGAAGGUUAAGGGAAUGAAUGACGAGGCCUGCCGCGAACUGGCAAAGGGUUAUCUUACCUGUCGGAUGGACAAGAACCUGAUGGCCAAGGACGAGUUUAGAAAUCUGGGAUUCCCGGAGAAGCCAAAAGAACCCGAGAAGGGCGUCAAGGGUGAACUGAUUUGGUAG